ACCUCCAAAGAAGAGAGCGAGAGGUAACAAAACUAAACCCAAAAACUCUGUUGAUCCUACCUCGGCCCUCCUUCUCCGGCAACGGUGACACACCAGUUCUACAAUCUCCUUAGCCGGUAAACAUCAGCUAAGGAAAGAGUUUUUCUUUUGAGAGAUGGCAUCCAAGUUGAUACAACUGAAAUCCAAGGCAUGUGAAGCAUCUAAGUUUGUGUCCAAGCAUGGCACAACUUACUACAAACAGUUGCUUGAGAAGAACAAGAAGUAUAUCCAGGAGCCAGCCACUGUAGAGAAAUGCAAUGAGUUGUCUAAGCAGCUUCUCUACACUCGUCUUGCCAGCAUUCCUGGGCGUUCAGAGUCAUUUUGGAAGGAAGUCGAUCACGUGAAAGGCUUAUGGAAGAAUCGAGCAGAUUUGAAGGUUGAAGAUGCUGGAAUUGCAGCACUUUUUGGACUGGAAUGCUUUGCUUGGUACUGUGCAGGAGAGAUUGUAGGAAGGGGCUUCACUUUCACAGGCUACUACCCUUGAAGAAACAAAGCAACCCUCCAUAAACAAAAAAAAAACAAAAAACCCUGAGUUCCUAAAUUUAUCUCACGGCUGUCAUUAGUAGCAAAAAUAAUUUAUUUUUCUCUUGAUAAUUAAUACACAAAAAACAAGUUUUGAAGCUGAGGCAUCAUCACUCAUGGACCAUGAGUCAUGGUAGCUCUAAUAAUAUUAGUCGACUAUAACAUGUUGGCUUUUGGGGUUUGUUU